AUGCAUGCCUGGCUCUCAAAUCGUUGCGAGCAUGCUACGAUGCUCUUUCGCUCGUCUUUCUCUUGGUUUCUACGUGCCCUUCUGGAGCGGGACUCCAUGGCAGCACCGCUCGCAGUCUGGUGCUUCGGCGAGAGCUGGCGAGAGAGGACAUCCUCGGCUCGCCGCUCGCCGCUCGCCGAAACGCGGCGGUGCAGCGUCAGGGGGGCAAAACCUAGCGCUGCGCGCGGCUGCCGCCUUUGCUCGCUGGCAUUUGCCCUGGCCUUGGGCAUUUCUGGCAGCGCCUUCGCGAGGGUAAACCUUUGGCAGAAGCAGUGGGAUGCGAGCGCCAAGUUCAAAGAUUUCGAGAAGCGGAAGAUGCGAGAGUGGGCCGAAUCCGGGUAUCAUACUGGAUACGUCACAAACCCUCGGAAAGGUCUCCAACUUGGAAAGGACAAGGAGAACUUGGCGGUGGAUCCUGAGGCCUUGGACCGGCUCGCCAGUGAGCCCCUGCAGCUCAGGCUGGAUCGCUCCGGGCGCAGCAUCAAGGAAGGCGACAAAGUGGAGGGGCAGAUGCCCUGGUCGUCCUAUACCAGCCAAGGCCUGCAUUCCGCCCAGGCACCGGCCGGAUGGGAGGACUUUGAAGCUCGCUACGGCCGACUGGACAAGAAAGUGGCCAGCGAGGUGGGAAAGCAGGGCGUCCAGGAGCUCGAGACAAACAUGGCCGUGUACGACGGAAAGGACGAGUACCGGGUCAUCCGCACUUUGACAUGGCCUGGAGGCGUGAAUGGCGACGGGCCCAGCUCCAUCAUGCUGAUCGGCGUGUUGGACAUGUCCUUGCGCUCAGAGCGUCUCACCAGCCGCGCCAUCUACGAGGUCGAGCCGACUGGGCUGAUGGUGGAGCUUUGCAAGGAGCGCAUCGGCAAGCAGCUCAUCAUGCCUAGGGAGCACAAGGAGGCCGUGGCCAACUAUGCCCGCGGCUUCGCCACGACCAACCCUCAUCAGCAUAACUUCUGGCUGCAUCACCUGGACACCAUCCAGGCUGACGCUGAGGCCCUGAAUCUGUGGACCAAAGGUCGUCCCUAUUCAGAGGCAGUGAGAGACUGGGUUGCUCAGCCUCCAGGCAGCGUGCCUCGCACACUGUGUCUCGGGGACGUCCGGAGCUCCACCCUCCAGCGCUUGCGCCGCGAGAAGGGCAACGAGACCCAGGUCAUGGACUCUACUCUCUCCUCGCGUGCCAAGCAGCUAGCGCGUGGGCUGAUCUCUAUGGCCUCCAGCGGCCACAAGGUCAUUCUGGGCAUCAUGGACACCGACCACCUGGGGCCAGUCACCAGCUGGCUGGAGAGGGCCGGCGCCACUCUGCAAGCGGUGGCUGAUGCUUCCGACAUCGAGAGCAAUCGUGAAAGCCUUGCCGCAGACAUCCGUCUGGGCCUGCAGGCCUCGAAGGGACCACGAGAGGCCCAGAUCGAGGCAGUUAAGGUGGCGGCGCAAGCGCGGCACGUGCUGGAGUUGGACGGGCAAGGGCCCCUGGGCUUCUUCCUCAAUGAAGAGGGCCUGCAGUUCCUGAAGCAGCGGCAAGAGCGGCUUCUGCGGCUGACGCGGCUCAGGGAUUUGGUGCAGCAUGUGGAUCCUCCGAAGACCUGGCAGACCGCUGAAGAGCUCUACAUCGUUCUGCCGGGCGACCAGAUCCCUGGGCCUGAAAGCCGCCUGCCAGGCGCGAGGCCGAAGGGCAUGCGCUUCGAGAUGAACCGAUUGGAGAUCCCGGAUCACUACAUUCGGGAGGCUGGUAUGGAAGGAUACACCGAGAGCCUUUGGCAGGGCCUUCUUGAACGGGGAGAGGCCAGCGAGCCUUCGGAUCCAGUCGAGCUCUCUUGGUGGGCCACAGGAGCCAUCGAGGCCGAAUUUCAAGAAGAGGUGGCAUAUCCCAAUGGUUGGUGA